AUGGAAGCUGAAGCCAACUUCUUGGUUAUUGUCAUAUCUCUCUUCUUUCUAUGGAAUUGGUUUGCAAAAUAUUACAAGCUAAAAGCUAACGACUCUCACAAACUACCCCCUGGUCCAAAGAAGCUACCUUUCAUAGGCAACCUGCAUCAACUAUCAGGAGCAGGUUCACUUCCACAUCGUGCUUUCUACAAGCUUGCUCAUAUAUAUGGACCUCUCAUGCACCUCCAACUUGGUGAAAUUUCUACAGUGGUUGCAUCCUCGCCCGGCUUGGCCAAGGAAAUAAUGAAAACAAAUGAUACUGCUUUUGCGCAGAGACCUCAAUUUGUUUUCGGUGACAUUUUGUCCUAUGGAGGAAAGAAUAUUGUUUUUGCUCCAUAUGGUGAUUACUGGAGACAAAUAAAAAAAAUAUCUGUGUUGGAGCUUCUAAGCGCCAAAAGGGUCAAGUCUUUCUCUUUCAUCAGAGAAGAGGAGACGGCAAAGUUUAUAGAUUCAAUUCGAAAAUCAGCAGGUUCACCCGUCAAUCUUACUGCUAAAAUUUACUCCUUGAUGAGUGAUUUUGUUUUCAGGGCAGCUUUUGGUAGAAAAUAUAAGGACCAAGAAUUUGUUGUGCCUCUGAUGCGAAGAGUAAUAGAAGAAGCGGCAGGAUUUAGUUUUGUCGAUCUCUUUCCUUCGUUGAAAUUCAUACAUUUCAUAACUGGGAAGAGGGCAAAAUUGGAGCAGCUGCAGAAGCAGGUUGACAAGGUAUUGGAUAACGUUGUGAAAGAACAUGAAGAAAAACGAAAAGAGGCAAAAGAAGACGGCGUUGAAGUGGAGGAUGAGGAUUUUGUCGACGUUCUUCUCAGAAUUCAACAAAAUGACAAUCCCGACUUCAAGAUGACGACGACACAAAUCAAAGCUUUGAUAUUGGAUAUAUUUGUGGCGGGAACUGAUACUUCAGCGUCAGUAUUAGACUGGAUAAUGGCAGAAAUAGUGAAAAACCCAAGAGUGAUGGAGAAAGCACAAAGCGAGAUAAGAGAAGCAUUUAGAGAAAAGGAAAGAAUUGGUGAAAGUGAUGUAGAGGAGCUUAAUUAUUUGAAGUUGGUGAUGAAAGAAACGUUGAGGUUACACCCACCAGCUCCUUUGUUGCUCCCUAGAGAAUGCAGUGAAGUAAGAAAGCUUGGUGGAUACGAAAUACCGAAAAAGACGAGAGUUAUGAUAAACGCAUGGAGUAUUGGAAGAGAUCCUGAAUAUUGGAGUGAUGCUGAGAGGUUUAUACCAGAGAGAUUCGAAGGUAACUGCGUGGAUUUCAAAGGGAAUAACUAUGAGUAUGUGCCAUUUGGGGCAGGAAGGAGAAUGUGCCCAGGCAUGGCAUUUGGUUUGGCAAGCAUUAUGCUUCCGCUGGCUCUCUUACUCUAUCACUUCAACUGGGAACUACCAGAUAACAUGAAAGCUGAGAAUAUGGAUAUGGCUGAACACUUCGGAGUCGUUAUUAGUAGGGAAAACCAGUUGCUUUUAAUUCCCUCUCUUUAUCAUCCCUGACUUCAUCUUUAUCAGCUCCUAUCAAAA